CUUCCAAAGCAGAAUGGCAUCCACACUGGAACAGUACAUCAAUCACACAGUGUCCAUAAUAACGGCAGAUGGUCGUAACUUUAUUGGUACAUUGAAGGGAUUUGAUCAAACCAUCAACAUCAUACUGGACGAAUCACAUGAGCGGGUCUUCUCAACAACAUCCGGCAUAGAACAAAUCGUCUUGGGUUUGCACAUCAUACGAGGUGACAACAUUGCCGUAAUUGGACAGAUAGAUGAAACAAUUGAUUCACGCUUGGAUUUUGCCAAUAUUCGAGGAGAACCAUUGGGUCCAGUUGUCCAUUGAU